CAUUCGUAAGUAGAAAAACAUUUUACAUAUGAAUGAGUUGAUGUAUGUUUUGUUGUUUUCGAUGAAGUGUAAUUAUUGAUGGUACUAAUAUAACAAAGGAUAUAUAAAAGAAUAUGCUCCACAUCAUUAGUGCUUGGAAGAAUAUAUUCUCUGAGACAGAGCAAUUCAAACUGGAUCACUGGAUGUUUCGCCUUCAUUAUCGUGCCACAGUUUAUAUCCUACUGAUGUUCUGUUUUCUAGUGAGUACAAAGCAGUAUGCGGGAGAGCCCAUCAGGUGUUCUAAAAACACUCAAGACCACUACUCCAUCGUGGAAAUAUAUUGUUACAUAACCACCACAUACACUGUGACUUUAGCUUUGAAUAUGAGCCCAGCAGAAGGAGCUCCACAUCCAGGCAUAUUUCCAACUCAGGAUGAAACCCAAUACCAGUACCACAGGUACUAUCAAUGGGUGGGAUUCAUCCUGUUCAUCCAGUCUAUAGCGUUCUACCUUCCUCACUGGGCAUGGCUGGAGUUUGAGAAGGGAAAGAUCUCGUGGUUGCUACAGGACAGGGGAGAGACCAAGGUUUACUACAACAACCAACAAUACAGUAAAAAGGACUUGAUCGUCGAGCAUCUUCAUUCACGCUGGAGUGUCGACAACACUUAUAGUGUAAAAUACUUCGGCUGCGAAGUCGCUUGUUUCGUCAACAUUUUACUUCAGAUGGAACUGCUGGACCAGUUGUUUGACCGACAGUUUUAUUAUUACGGUAUCGAGGCGGUCAACUACUUGAGGUGGGAUUCGCAGACUGAUCCGUUUUCUCGCAUGUUUCCGAGAGUGACUAGCUGCACUUACCGGUAUCUAGGAGAAUCCGGAAUGGUCAGAAGCACGUCUGUCAUCUGCUUGCUAGCCGUCAACGUCAUCAACGAAAAGAUCUUCCUCUUUUUGUGGUUCUGGUUCGUUUCUCUGGGAGUUCUGACGUUCUUCACCAUUCUGUUCAGGCUUAUUGUGUUCUCUUUUCCAUCCCUGAGGGUGACGAUGCUUCGAACAACAUACCGGAAUAUCCCCGAGAACGAUGUGAAAGCUGUCAUGGAGACAGGUAAUAUGGGAGAUUUUUUGUUCAUCACUCUCCUGGGACAAAACAUGAAUGAUAUUUUAAUGAAAGAUGUAAUAGUGGAUUUUUCUGCUAAAAUACAGGGAAAACAUUCAUAAUUUUUUCUGAAGUUUUAUGUAUACGUAAUAAACAAAGUUUAUUUAAAGUUAAUUUAGUCGAGAUAACUGUGUUUUAAAAAGGAAAACGUUUUGAGCAUUUCAACAACCCUAAUGAUGUCGUUUCAAAACUUUUCCUUUACAUUUCGUCUUAUUACCAAUGAGAUGGUUAGAAUGUUGCUGAGUGUGGUAUGGAGAUCUGAUGAACUCGAUCACCAUAUCUAAUGCAAUCGAAAU